CCCUUAGCAGCUCUAUAAAUUGGAGAUAGAGUCAUAGCAAGUAAAACACACAAACAAAUUAAAGAUGAAGAAGUGUAUUAGUACUAUUUUGAGUUUCCUAUUGGUUUCAAGUUUGGUUGCCUUUUCUCAUGAAUUUUCCAUUUCUGAUAAUAAUGGGAAUGUUGUAUUCCCUCCCGUGCUGGACAUGGAGGGCGAACCACUCAAGAUAAACGAGGAGUACUCCGUUAUCAGUAUUCCCUAUGGCGGUGGAAACAUAUACUUAACUGAUCUUGGAAACACCAAAUGCCCAAAUGGCGUUGUGCAGGACAGUUCUGGUGAAUUUGAUAACAGCACACCUCUGUUGUUUUAUACUAUGAAACUUGGAAGUCAUUUCGUUUAUGAAAAUCAAGAUGUUAGUAUAAAGUUCUCAACUUCUUCUUCUUCAACUAAGUCAUGUGUUAACGAAACUGUUUGGAAAGUUGGUUAUUCCAUCGUAGGGCCGACGCAUUCACCACUUAGGUUUGUUAUAACUGGUGGUACCUUAGGAUUUCCAGGGCCUAAUAACAUAGAGAACUGGUUCAAGAUUGAGAAAUAUGAGACGGGGAGACCUUAUUCUUACAAGUUAAGGUAUUGUCCUAGUCAAUAUAUUUGUCCAACAUGUAACUUUGAUUGUGCAGAUGUCGGAUUGACCUACAAUAGUGGUUACUACCGUCUGGCUCUCAAUAACAAGCCUUAUCCCUUUGGCUUCACCAAAGUAAACAAGAAUGAUGCAUAGUUAAUUAUCUAUGCUUAUUAUAACCUAGCUCGAUCGCUUUCUAAAAUAAUGUGGAGCAUGCUUCUAGCCCACUCUAUGUAAUAUUUAUGCUUAUGAUGAAUAAAAAAGCUAGGUUCUUUAUUUAUUAA